AUGCUCUCCCAGAUUAACGCCGACAUGUCAGAACUGCGUGCGUUCCAUCGAUGUCGUGACACCUUCCGGGAGAUUGUGGCAGCCACCCACGACCAUCCCCGUGCCGCAGCAAUUAUACAACACAAGCAAGCCCUAGUCCCAGACUUUCAUAUUCCAGCGCACUAUAUGAGUGAUGCAGAAAGCUACCCUCUUUUCUACGAGAUGGUGAAGUUUACUUUCGAGAAAUUGAAGCAGAAAAAGGACAAUGCCCCGAUAUGGCAAUUCAUCCUUCCGAAAAUAUCGACAGGCCUCAUUUUGCAUUGGAUGAGUGUCGGCAGCAUGAAAGACGUGAAGGGUAUUUUAAACCAAGAAAAUGCUCCAAAGAUCGACCAAGUUAGAGCCCUGAACUGGAAGAGACGAGAGCUAUGGGGUCUUACUUGA